UUGCCCUUGUCCCCACCCUGCUCUGUCAUUCCCCAACCAUCAAGUUGAGGGUCAGUCACCAUUUCUCAUUAUUUUUGUGCUGUGGUUUUCUUAAGAUAAAGAAAAAACAAAAGAUAAAAUGAGCAGAUCCUAUCUUCAAAGAAAAAUGAGAAACAUCAUGUUUCUUUGAGAAGGAGAAAAUAUUUCCCCAUGGUUAACCUGGCCUGCCUCAGUGUUUGCAUUACCUCCCAGCCCCUGUGCAAAUGGGCCCUCUUUUAAAUCUGACCUCAUACUUCACAACUAACUAUGGAAACAAAAACCAAACAAAAACCAAUACAAACCAGAGUCACCAGAUUCAGCAAGAAUACUCAAGCAUAACUGGAGGAGAGAUUGCCAUGUACUACCAGAUGACAGACUGCAGUGUCUACUGACUAUGAGUUCAGGGGUGAUUUCAUAAUAGGGUUUCCAUACAGUCUAGAAGGUAUGGCAGACAUUUGUCACACCUAUGGCACAAAUAUGUGGACAUAGGAAAAAGAGGUGUUCUGAAAGAGAAACACGUAUGGCAAUGAGCAAUGGCCUUGUGCAUGAGAAGGCCUCCCUGGCAUCUGUUGGGGGGUAGAACUUAACUAAGGGAGGGGCUGGGGCAGUUGAAGAGGUUCCAGGUAAGGAGCAAGUGAGUGGGAUGGAGACAGUGAGAGAGUAGAAUAAGAAAAGGAAGGGAAGGAGGCCAAAGCCUGGAUUUGCAGGAAGUGGCAGCCUACUUUAUAUGAUUUUAUUUUCUUUAUCCUUUGAUCAGUGGGAAACCAUUAAAGGAUUUUAAGCAGAGGGCUUGUAUGAUCAGCUUUUCUUUUUGGAAAGAUUCCCUCUGGCUGGGGUUUGAAGAAGAAAUUGGAAGACGGCAGGGAGGACGCAGCCCUCUACCCCCAUGUCGCCACCUCGGAAGGACUGACCAAAUCCAGCAGCCUGUGCCACUUCCCACCCACCAUGGGACCCGAGGGAAGCUUGCUGAGUGGGGGACAAAUGCAAAUCACCCUGUGGGGAAGCCUGGCAGCUGUGGCCACCUUCUUCCUCAUUACCUUCCUCAUCUUUCUGUGCUCCAGUUGUGACAGAGAAAAGAAGCCGAGACAGCACAGUGGAGACCAUGAGAACCUGAUGAACGUGCCUUCCGACAAGGAGAUGUUCAGCCGUUCAGUUACCAGCCUGGCCACAGACGCGCCUGCCAGCAGCGAACAGAACGGGGCACUCACCAACGGUGACAUUCUUUCAGAAGACAGCACCAUGACCUGCACGCAGCAUUACGAGGAAGUCCAGACCUCAGCUUCAGAUCUGCUGGACUCCCAGGACAGCACAGGGAAGCCAAAAUGUCAUCAGAGCCGAGAGUUGCCCAGAAUUCCUCCCGAGAGUGAAGUGGACACGAUGCUCAAUGGAGAAGGCGCAGACGGGGACCAGGGUCUGGGGAUGGAGGGGCCGUAUGAAGUGCUCAAGGACAGUGCCUCACAAGAAAAUAUGGUGGAGGACUGCUUGUAUGAAACUGUGAAAGAAAUUAAGGAGGUGACGGCCACCGCCCACUCAGCUCGAGGCCACGGCAGCAGGUCGAAGUCAACUUCCACUGUGAAAGAGCUUCCGGGACCCCAGGCCAGUGGCAAAACAGACUUUGCCGAAUAUGCCUCUGUGGACAGAAACAAAAAGUGUCGACAAAGUGCUAAUGCAGAGAGUAUUCUUGGAAAUGCAUGUGAUCCAGAAGAGGAGGCGCCACCCCCUGUCCCCAUUAAACUUCUGGAUAAAAAUGAAAACCUUCAGGAGCAGGCAGAGAGUAAAGCAGGAGAAGGAGCCGCCGAGGGGACGAGUGAAACCAACAAGAGAUUUAGUUCGUUGUCAUACAAGUCCCGGGAAGAAGACCCAACUCUCACAGAAGAAGAGAUCUCGGCAAUGUAUUCAUCAGUACAUAAAAAAGGACAGCCAGGGAACAAAUCAGGACAGUCACUUAAAGCACCAGAGUCCACCUAUACCUCCAUCCAAGGAGCCACUCCGAGGUCGCCCUCUUCCUGUAACGAUCUCUAUGCUACUCUUAAAGACUUCGAGAAAAUUCCCAACAGCGUCAGCACUCUUCCAGCAGCAGGGAGGCCCAGCGGGGAGGAGCCGGAGCCAGAUUACGAAGCAAUACAGACUCUAAACAGAGAGGAAGAGAAGGCUGCCGCGGAGACCAACAGCCACCACGGCCUUUUCCCAAAGGAGAAUGACUACGAAAGCAUCGGGGACCUGCAGCAAGGCCGAGACAUCACCAGGCUCUAGCAGCCCGGGAGACAGCCCAGCUAGCGUAGGACCAGCCGGCAGGGCCGGCGCUGCUGCAGAACACGAGAAGCGGUGCCGACCACACUUCGUAUGCUGCUUCCGGAAACGGAAGAUGACUGGAGAUGCCGAAACUGCUUCUCAGGUUGGGGAACAGUGAGGUACACACCCUACUGCCGGCGCACUGGCACACCCAAGCACACCUCCCUCAUACACCCACACCCUCUGGAAGGAGCCCAGCUCUCAGGGGUCUCGCCCUCUUUGUGCAGAAAGCCACACAGUAAGGAAGAACAGCAUUCAUCAAAAACCACAGCUCACCUGCCUGAAACACUGCCUCUCACGGGAGCCGGGUUUCUCUCCCUCUCUCCCCUUUCCGCUGCCUGCUACUAAUGGUAAAAUGAAUGGCUUUUUUCCCCGUGCAAUCUUCCGAUUUAUAAUGGUUCAUUCCAGGGAUAUUGUCCCACCAGCCUGGCCUUUGCCUUCAACGUGGGUGUUUCUGGAUGGUAAGAAACUGUGGUUGCUGCUUCCCUACCGCUCCCCGGUCCCCUGCAAGCAGCUGCCCCUGGGAACCGGGCCCGGCCGGUGGAUGGCACUGGAGAUGCCCCUUGAGCUUCUUAGCCCUUCAUUCCUCCUGAUUCGGGCAAGUCCAUGUCAGCAGCCUCUCCCAAAGUACUUGAAGUCCUUGUUAGAUGCUUUAUUUUAUUUUUAUAGUCAAAAUGGUUUUUUCCCCAGUAUUUGAAACUCUUCAGAGCCUUUUCAGUAUUUUCAAUGAAUAUCGUGGUACUUCCAUACUUCUUUUAGCGCAGAGCUCAUUCCUCCAAAACAGAGAGCCUUAAUCUCUACGUUGGGACACAGACCACAUGUUUGGAUGGCAGCCACGGCUUCCAUUUCCCAAGGGCUGUGCACUU